GGGCGCGGCGUGACGUCACCUUUCCCGGGCCCGGAAGUGGAACUCGAAAAUACUGCUGGCCUGGGCGCUGAGUGAGGGGCAACAGAACAGAGGCGGGGGAGAAGCGGCGGCGGCGGCGGCGCGUCUCCAGGUAACCAGCCUUGGCCCCGCCCCCUUCUCAGGGCAGAGGGGCAGCAGCUCAUCCCCUCAGGAUUGAUGCAUGUUUCGUCUUUUACUUUCAUCUGGCUGAGAAUUUGGAUAAGCAUGGCACAACUUCAACAGGGAGGUCCUGAUGAAAAAGAGAAGACUACAGCAUUAAAGGGUACACAUUAAUUUGGAACUUCCCCGUAGGCACUUCGUACACUGUGUUCUGAUGAGCUAUAAUUUUGUGGUUAGUAAAACAGACUUGUUGUCUAGAAUAGACCUGGAUGAACUGAUGAAAAAAGAUGAGCCACCACUUGAGUUUCCUGAUACUCUUGAAGGAUUUGAGUAUGCUUUUAAUGAAAAGGGGCAGUUAAGGCAUAUAAAAACUGGAGACCCAUUUGUGUUUAACUACCGUGAAGAUUUGCAUAGAUGGAACCAAAAGCGCUAUGAAGCUCUUGGAGAGAUCAUCACUAAAUAUAUAUAUGAACUACUAGAAGAGGAAUGCCAUUUGAAAAAAGUGUAUGUCCCGGUAGAUGCGGUGGACAGUGAACCCAGGAGUUUUAUCUUUAUGAGUGAAGAUGCCAUGACAAAUCCUGACAAACUGAUGGUUUUAAUUCAUGGUAGUGGUGUUGUUAGAGCAGGACAGUGGGCAAGAAGACUUAUUAUAAAUGAAGAUUUGGACAGUGGCACACAAAUUCCAUAUAUUAAAAGAGCUGUUGAGGAAGGCUACGGAGUAAUAGUACUGAACCCGAAUGAGAACUAUAUUGAGGUUGAAAAGACAAAAGCCCAAGUACAGCUGUCUCCCGAUAGCUCAGAUGAACCUGCAGAAAAGAGAGAGAAAAAAGAUAAAAUCCAAAAAGAUACAAAGAAGCGGCGGGACUUUUAUGAGAAGUAUCGGAAUCCACAAAAAGAGAAGGAGACUGUGCAGUUGUACAUUAGAGAAAAUGGAUCCCCUGAAGAACAUGCAAUUUAUGUAUGGGACCACUUUAUCUCCCAGGCAGCAGCUGAAAAUGUAUUUUUUGUUGCUCACAGUUAUGGUGGACUUACAUUUGUAGAACUGAUGAUUCAACGAGAGGCAGAAGUGAAGAAUAAAGUUACUGCUGUGGCAUUGACAGACUCAGUUCACAAUGUAUGGCAUCAAGAAGCUGGCAAAACUAUUCGAGAGUGGAUGCGAGAAAACUGCUGUAAUUGGGUGUCAAGUUCAGAACCUUUGGAUACCUCAGUAGAAUCCAUGUUACCAGACUGCCCACGAGUCUCUGCAGGGACCGAGAGGCAUGAGCUGACUUCGUGGCGAGCUCCCCUCCAUCUUCCGCUUCUUCUCGGCGGCGCUGGAGGCCAAGGCAGCGGAGGCACGCAGCAGCACGAGCCCAGCCCCAGCGCCGCCAACCCCACGCGACGCUCCCACCGGAUCCGCCCCGACGACGACGACGACGCGAGGAGGAGGAGGAGGAGGGGCCACGGCGAGCUCUCAGCCCCCCGCCUCCCUCCCUCGCCUUCCCCGCCUUGGUCCCUCAUUAGAUUGCUUUCCUGCGGAGCCCCGGGUCGCGCCCUCCCCCCGCGCUGCCCAUUACUUCUGGACGAGCGAGCUGUUCAAAGCAAGCCCCGGCUCCUCUGGAGCCAGUCUCCUUGA